AUGAAGGCCUUCUCUCUAUAUCUGUUACUCACGCUGUGUAACCUCCUGCACCUGGGAAGCUGGGCAAUCGCUUCUACGGUGUACAAUGUGACCAGUACAGUUUCGCUGGCUCCUGCCUCGUCUCCUCGCCCUGAGAAGCCCGUGCAUGAUGCUGACUACCAUUCCUUCUCCAUUGAAUUCUGCUAUAUUGUGGACUACGCUGGGAAUGAUACACAUCCCAACCUGUUCUCGCGCCAGGUCAUUCAAAACCUCAAAGAUAUUGCUGGCAAGGCUCCCAUCUUCCGGGUGGGCGGAAGUACGCAGAACUCGGCGGUCUACUAUCCUGACCAGACAGAGGCGUUGAUUGAUCCGUUUGAUUCCAUUGCCUCCAGCCAGCCGCGUCACUCGUACUUUGGCCCGGCGUUUCUGCAGUCCUUUCAGCAAUUCCCCGCUGGCUCUAAGUAUAUCUUUGGACUGAACUUUUUCAAUGCUGAGAACGAAACCCUGUUUGAUGUGGGGGAUGGAUUGGCGCAGUGUGUUCUCGAGGCUCACGCUGCCUAUCACGCCAUUGGGGAUGCGCUUUACGGAUUCGAGAUUGGUAAUGAGGUCGAUUCAUGGGCCGGAGGCCAACGACGACCGGCGAACUGGAAAAUCCAAGACUACGUCGAUCAAUGGAACGAGUAUGCAUCGGCUAUCAGCGAGAAUCUCACCCAACAUGAUGCGGAUCAGCUGUUCCAGGGAUGUGCUUUUGAAGCUCCGCGCCAUGUCACGGCGGCGACGGACUGGAACGUGGCGAAUGCCGAAGCGGACGGGAUGCGUGCGGAUAAGGCGAAGAGCGUGGCAGACCAUGAGUACAUGGGUGCAGCCUGUGACUACACCGGGGUGGGCCCCACGAUCGCGACGACGAUCUUCGACCGGACAAAUGUGUUGUCGCGGGUGUGGUAUCACGACUACCUGGGCAACGUUACCGCGGCAUCAGGCAUCCCGUAUGUCUUGGGCGAGACCAAUUCAAUAUCAUGCCAGGGCGCGCGGGGCAUCUCGGACGUAAUGGCGGCGGCGGUCUGGGCGGUCGAUUACGUGCUGUACCUCUCGUCGCUGCGGGUAGAACGCGUGCAUUUCCACAUGGGCACGCGAUACCCCUACGCCAGCUGGCUGCCUGUGAUUUUCAACGAGACGGCACCCACUGUGUUCCCCAUCUAUUAUGCUGCCCUGUUCAAUGCCCACGUCUUCUCCGGUGGCAACAAGCAGACCGAGGUGCUGGUCAACACCACCGACUUCGGCGCCUAUGCUGUUUAUGACAACGGCCAGUUGGAGUCGCUCGUCGCGGUCAGCCUGUCGGUGUGGAACUCCACCUCCCCUGCGGCCCAGCGGCCAUACACGGCACUUAAGUUGCCGGCGGCCGGCUGGGAAAAUGCCAAGGUGAUGAAAUUGACCAAUCCGGGCGUGGACGUGGCCGCCAACAUCACGCUGGCGGGUCAGUCUGUGAAUACGCAGGGCAGAAUCGUUGGCAUUGCGGAGUAUGAGAAGGUGCAACAGAGGAAGGUCUGGGUUGGAGCUGGGGAGGCUGUGUUGAUCAAGCGAGGAUGA